AUGACCUCCCAGGACGGCGCCGCCCCGCCGCCGGCCCCGCCCAAGCGCCCUGCCCCGGGGGAGCAGCCGUCGUCCGAGGUUCUCGUCACCUACAAGCGCCGCCGCACGGCCACCCGCGGCGCCAGCUCCGACCCCGGAGCGCCUUGUGCCACCACCGUCCCCUGUAGCGGUACUUCUGGCCAAGAUGGCCACCAGAUCCUGCCCAGACAUUGGAUUACUUGGAGGAACACGUUGGAGGGCUUCCUGCAAUCCCCAGGUGUAAAUAAGGGUGGAGGGAUUCAGUGCUGCAUACAAGAUGCGCUCAGAUACAAUUGCUGUCGAUCAGUGCAAAAAGGCAACCUAAAUAAAGGCCAAGGAGCGUCAGAAGAGCAUCCUGCUGGAGUAGCAGGUGCUAAAGAGAUUAGCUCCUCUAUUGCAUUAAAAGAUGCGAUUGCAGCAUCAUUGGAUGCCAACACAGCAAUGUGCAAUAAUGCUCUCCUUGACAUUUUUGUCUCAGAGAAGUUUGCCAUGUUGUGUGAUUUGCUAGUUGGAACUUUCCAUGUGAGUAAGGUUCAUGAGGUCAUUGAUUUGGGGAAAAUUGACGCCAACAUGAGAAAUGGAAACUAUGCACGGAACCCGGCUCUGUUCAACGACCACAUCCAGCAGAUAUGGGAGAAGUUUGAACAAGUUGGCCGAGAGAUGACAAGUCUAGCCAGCAAUCUUCCAAUCAUUUCACGAGCUUCCUAUCAGAAGCAAGCUUCUGGAGUUUCUGAAGUAGAGGUUGCUGCUGAGCACAGGAUAGAGGAAACAAGUCUGGGUGGUUUUGUCGAGAAAAUCCCGAAGGAUUCAAAUACGACCACACAGUUCUCCCCAUGUGAUUCCGGUCAUUCUACAAUACCAAAGCGAUCUGGGACAUGUGGACUUGGUCGAACUUGCACUUGCAAACAAUGUGGAACCAGUGCAGAAGAAGAAAAAAGCCUUAUAUGUGAUGGAUGCGACACGACAUACCACUUUGAAUGUGUGAAGCGACUCCAUCCUGCUAUGAAACAAAUCCCGGACAACUGGCACUGUCCUGCCUGCAGCAGCAAUAAGGGAAAGGGAAAGGGAAAGGGAAAGUCUGCAGGCGCCAAGAAGAAUGUUCAUGACAGCCUGCAUGGUGAUUGUCCUCUGUGUGACAAGCUUGAGGUCGUCAAGAAGAUAGAACCACCUGAAGUUGCCAGCGGAAUCGAGGCAGCCGACGAAAGAGAAGGGAGCUCGGUGCCGAGUGUGGAGGAAGAGAAUGAGCCGGACCUGUACACGACCGCCCUGUCGAAGCUGUGCAAGCACUGUGGCACGUGCGAGGACGACGACAAGCAGUUCCUGGUGUGUGGCCACCCUUACUGCCCCUACAAGUUCUACCACAUCCGGUGCCUGAGGACGAGCCAGAUCGCGCUGGAGAAGCAGAAGAAUCUGGAGUGCUGGUACUGCCCCUCCUGCCUCUGCAGGGGCUGCUUCAAGAACAAGGACGACGAGGAGAUCACCCUGUGCGACGGCUGCGACGAGGCCUACCACGUGUACUGCAUGACGCCCAAGCGCACCUGCGUCCCCAAGGGCCACUGGUACUGCCCGCUGUGCAGCGUGCGGCGGGCAAGGGAGGGGAUGCAGAGGUACGAGAAGUCGAUCCUGAAGAAACAACAACAUAUAAGCGCCAAGCGUGCGAGCCAGUCGGACGACGCUUAG